CAAUAUUGGAUUUUACUAACUCAAUUUCAUCUUUCAGACUUUGCAUUAUUUAAAUUAUGAAUCCUACCUGGGAAGAUCCUAUACCAGAUGAAGAUGAUGAUGAAAAUGCCUAUGAUAAAGGUUUUGUUUACGGGAGAGAUGCUGUAAUAUUUUUAAUUGAUGCAACAUGGAAAAUGUUUGAAAAUGGUGAAGAGUCUCCAUUUAAUCUUAGUUUAAGGUGUGCUCGAACUACUCUCACUAAUAAAAUUAUCUCAAACAACAAAGAUCUUACUGCUAUUGUCUUCUUUGGCACUGAAAAAACAAAAAACGCCAGAAAUGAUACGGAUUUUAAGCAUAUAUAUGUUUUCCACGACCUUAAUGAGCCUGGAGCUGAGCGGAUUUUAGAGACAGAAGAACUGAUGAACAUGGAUGAGCAAUCAUUUUCUGAUAAAUUUGGUCAUUCUGCCAAUUUUUCUUUGGCUGAUGCUUUUUGGGUCUGUGGAAUUCUGUUUUCCAAUUGCAAACAUUCUUUAGCUCAUCGAAGGAUUCUUUUAUUUACGGUUAAUGAUAAUCCUCAUAAUGGGAGUCCUCAGCUUCAGUUGCAAGCUAAGACAAAAGCAAAGGACUUGCAUGAAAGCAACAUUGAUAUUGACUUAAUGCAUAUACGGAUUCCUAGCUGUAUUUUUGAUCCCUCUGUAUUUUACAAGGACAUAAUACUUGCAGCAGAUGAUGAACAUUGCAAAUUGCCCGACCCUGCUGAAAAAUUUGAUGAUCUUUUAACCAGAGUUCGUUGUAGAGACCACCGGAAAAGACCUUUAGGAAAUUUACCUUUCACUUUAGGCAAUGGUAUAAAAAUGGCCUUCAAAAUGUAUAAACUUGUUGUUCCUAGUGGCAAACCAACUCCUGUUAAACUUGCUAAAGAAAAUAACACUGAAGUUACAGCUUUAACCAAUUUAUAUUUAUCAGAUACAGCAGAAUUAUUGCUACCAUCAGACUUGAAAAAAUUUCAGGAAUAUAGUGGUAAAAAAAUUUAUUUCACAGAUGAUGAGGCAAAACAAGUUCGACGAUUUGAUGAACCAGGUUUACUUUUAAUGGGCUUUAAACCUAUUUCGUGUUUGAAGACACACUAUCAUUUAAAACCCUCUAUAUUUUUGUAUCCUGAUGAAAAGGCUAUUGAAGGGAGCACACGACUUUGCUUUGCUCUUAUCAUCCAGUGCCAUAAACGUGGUUACGUGCCUAUUUGUCGAAUGAUAGCUAGACAAAAUGACCCACCAAGAUUCGUAGCUCUUUUGCCACAGGAAGAAAAUGUUGAUGAUCAUGGGAAUCAAACAAUCCCUCCAGGGUUUCAUGUAAUUUUCUUCCCUUUUAUGGAGGACAUCCGAAGCUUAAAGAUUGAAUCCAAGCACAAUCCUUCUGAAGCUAUUGUUGAAAAGUCAAAAGAAAUAAUUAAAAAAUUGCAGUUUGCUUACCACCCAGAGUCAUUCGAAAAUCCAGUUUUACAAAAGCACUGGAGAAACAUUGAAGCUUUGGCGCUAAAUCGUGAUGCUCCUGAAGAGAUUAUAGAUUACACAUUACCAACUAAAGAUGUUAUUGAAAAGAGAGCUGGGCGAUUAAUUGAUGAAUUCAAAGCCUUGCUUUGCCCAGGAGGAUCUAGUUCUUACACCCCAAACAAACAUGGAAUGGGGGAUCCAAUGUAUCCUCAAGCAAAGCGAACAAAAGUUGAAGAAAUAAUGCCUGUGACUUUACAGCAUGAAGCUUCAACAGGGCAGCUGGGUCGAUUUAAAGUGAAUCUGUUGAAAGAAUUUUGUAAAAGAAAUGGAAUUCGAUGUGGAUCUAAAAAAGCUGAUAUAAUAGAUGCCAUCACAAGAUUUUAUCAAGAACAGUGAUUUUUCAUAUUUUUUAAUCUGUAUAUAUUGUAAAAUCUUUUUUUAGAUUUGAUAAUGCCAUAUAAUUUCUCAUUGCAAUUUUUAUCAAAUACAGCUGAAAUUUGGCUGUAAUGUUGUCCUAUAUUUUUAUGUUGUUAUUUUUAUACAUUUUUGUUACAUC